AUGGCCGUGAACCCUCGUCAGACGCUCAUUGAUUCCUUGAGGGGCCGUGAAGUCCGUCUGCCCAAUCUGUGGGAGUACUUUCCCGGCUGGCCAGCUGCAACAAGCAAGGAUCUUCCAGCAAUCCGCCACCUUGUCAAUCACCACCUGGAUACACUAUACACUACUGAGCUGCUUGGCCGGAAAAAAGCCAAGGCCUUUCAGCUUAAUGACUUUCCAUUGUUCGGGGCUGCAUGGUGGCCGGACGCACCGCUUGAUAGACUGCUGGUGACAACAGCUUUCUUCAUCUGGAUAUACGCUUGGGACGAUGAACUUGACAAUGCGAAAGGCGAUUUGUGCGGCGACUUUGACAAAGCUCAGCAAUUCCGAUCACAAACUGUCGAUUUCCUGCGGGACUGCCUAGACCUCCCUCCCUACACAAGUGGCAUGCCAACGUUCCCUUUGAUAACACUCCUGCAACCUUCUGUGAGGCUGAUCUCGGAAGCAUAUUCCCUUGCACAACGCCGCCGCUUAUUAGAUGAGAUGCUUUUCUAUAUUGACAAGACUUCGCUUGAGCAUAGACUCAUCAUCAGUAACGAGAUCCCAACGCUUGACGACUACUGGGGAAUCCGAAUGGGAACGAGUGCCAUCCAUGUCACCACGGCUAUGCUGGAGUAUGCGUAUGGUUUGGAAUUAUCGGAAGACAUCGCUCGCUCAUCCUUCAUGAGGGAUCUCUUCGACAUCACGAACGAGGUCAUCUCGCUUACAAAUGACAUCCUAUCAGUCAAGAAGGAGGCAGCAGAUGGCGCAGUCCACAACGCACUCAUCAUCCUUUUCGCGGAACUUGGAGAUUUGGACGCUGCUGUUGCAUCGGCAAUGGCUCUCUUGCGCAGGCUCACCGCUCAAUUCGAAGUCGUCGCUGAGCGACUGCUGCAAAGCGUUGAGACGAUGUCCACAGCCGAACAGCAAUCAGUCAGGACGAUCAUUAAGGGCUGCCAGUACCAGUGCACGGGCAACCUGGCAUGGAGUUUGUCGACCCCAAGGUAUGGCGUAGUGCAAACCGGAGAAGGUCGGCUACUUUUGCAACUGUAG